AUGCAAAGGAGAUAAGAUUCAAACAAUAACAGAAUCAGAAUAUCUAUUGAUCGUUCUGUUGAGGUUAGAAAUACUCAACAAAAUAUAUCACCUUUAUAAUCAAAUCAAUUAAUAUCUCCUUAAAUUUACAAACAUUUAAAAUUACCAUCAAUUAAACAAUCAAGAACUCCAAGUGCUAGAAAUCAAAAAAAUACUACAAAAAAUGUGCCAUCACUUAAUUAAUAAACUGCAGAACUUAUCAAAAAGUUAUCAAAUAAUAGUGUAAAAUAAAAACAUUACAGAUUCAAUACAGAUAAUAGACGUAAAAGCUCAUUAAGUUAAAAUAAAUUGGAACCAUAAACUAAAUUAACUUCAAAAGUAAUUUUAAAUUGAGUAUAAGCGAACUCGAUCUAUUUCCAAUAUGGUUUCCAAAAAUUCAUUACUUGUUUCAACAUAAUUUGAAGAAGAAGAGGAAUAGUCAAAACAAAUCAAAUUGCAUACUAAUCUUCCAUAAAAUAAAAUUAAGAUUGAAAUCGUUGAUAAAAUUUAAUCUAAUUAUGAAUAAUCUCAAAAUAGAUAUGCAAAGUUUAAAGUUCAAAAUAACGAAAGUUAUUAGAAGAAUGAAAAUUAAGAAUUAAAUAGUCUCCGACAUUCAUUAUUUUCCAUUAUUGAAAAUAGUCGAGUUUAAAGACAUAAAUUUUACUAAUUAGGAAAUACAGAUUAAUAAUUACAAUUAUUGGAACAAUUGUAUUAAUAAAAUGAAAAGCUUGUUCGAAAUUACGUGUAAAUUAGAUAAGAAGCUUAACAAUUAGAUUUGAAAGUUAAAUCUCUCUCAAAUCAAAGAAAAUAAUUUAGAAUAUAGUGA